CAGCCCCUUCCGCCCGCCGCGGCGGCGGCCCCUCCCCCGGGCGGCGGGGAGAGGCGGUGCCUCGGCCCCUCCCGCCGCCGCCGCCGCCGCCCCGGCCGCUUCCUGCGCCGCCCUGCGCGGGGGGGAGCGACGUGUCGCCGCGGAGGCGCCGCGCUAGGCCGCGCUACCUGUCCGCCAGCCCGUCCGGCGCCGCAGGUCACCGACACGACGUCCCCAAGCUCCGAGGCCGGGCUGUUUUCCAUAUGAUGGGACAGGAAGAGAUAUGACGACGGCUCCCCUGCGAUCCCUCCAGCGUGUUCUCACUAAGCUUUUAUCAAGUGGUGAUUUUAUGCAAUGGCAUCAAGCCACAGUUCUUCACCAGUGCCUCAGUCAAACAGCAGCGAUGCUUUCCUUAAAAAGGAAAUGGAUGCCCCAAAACGUUUUCGACCUGUGCAGUCACUGCCUGAUGUGUGUCCCAAGGAGCCUACAGGCGAUCCCAGUAAUUUAUGUGACAGCCCAUCUCUAGUUGUGGAUCAGCACAGAUGGACUAUUUAUCAUUCCAAAGUCAAUAUCCCAGCAGCCCUAAAUGAUCCUAGGUUAGCAAAAAGGGAAUCUGAUUUCUUUACAAAAACAUGGGGAGUGGACUUUGUGGACACUGAAGUCACGCCUUCAUUCUACCUCCCACAGAUCACCAAGGAACACUUUACAUUAUACCAACAGGAAAUCACUCCGAGAGAGAGGGUUCAUGAAAGAUGCAAGAAUAUUUGUACUCCUAAAGAUACCUUCGACAGGACUUUAUUACACACCCAUGAUAAAUCCAGGACAGAUCUGGAACAAGUACCUAAGAUUUUUAUGAAACCAGAUUUUGCCUUGGAAGAUUCCUUAACAUUUAAUGCCGUUUUACCAUGGUCUCAUUUUAGUACUGCUGGUGGAAAAGGAAAUCGUGAUGCAGCUUCCUCCAGGUUACUUCAAGAAAAGCUGAGCCAUUAUCUGGACAUUGUGGAGGUCAAUAUUGCUCAUCAGAUUUCUCUGCGCUCAGAAGCAUUUUUUCAUGCAAUGACCUCUCAGCAUGAAUUGCAGGACUACCUCAGGAAAACCUCCCAGGCCGUAAAAUUGCUUAGAGAGAAAAUCUCCAAAAUUGAUCAAGUAAUGUGUGAAGGAUCGCUUCGAGUUUUAAGACUGUCACUCACCAGAAAUAACUGUAUAAAAGCAUACAAUAAGCUGAAAUUGAUGGCUACUGUACACCAAACACAGCCAACAGUACAGCUGCUGCUAUCUACUUCUGAGUUUGUUGGAGCUUUGGACUUAAUAGCAACAACACAGGAGGUGUUACAGCAAGAGCUUCAAGGCAUUCACAGUUUCCGGCAUCUUGGCUCACAGCUUUGUGAACUGGAAAAGCUGAUAGAUAAAAUGAUGAUUGCAGAGUUUUCAACUUAUGCUCACAAUGAUUUAAAUAGACCCCUAGAAGAUGAUUGCCAAAUUCUAGAAGAGGAGAGACUUGUAUCGCUAGUAUUUGGACUUCUAAAACAAAGAAAGCUAAAUUUUUAUGAAAUAUAUGGAGAUGAAAUGAUGAUUACUGCAAAGAACAUAAUUAAACAGUGUGUGGUUAAUACGGUAUCGCAGAUAGAAGAAAUAGAUACAGAAGUGGUUGUUAAGCUUGCAGACCAGAUGAGGAUGAUGAAUUUUCCUCAGUGGUUUGAUUUACUGAAGAAUAUUUUUUCUAAGCUUACCAUCUUCCUCAAGAGAAUAAAGGCAACAUUAAAUACUAUCCGUAGCGUGGUUUUCUUGGUUCUAGACAAGAACCAAAAAACCAGAGACCUGGAGGACACCUUACAAAAGAGCUCUGCUAAAGACAGCACGGUGGACACAGAAGUGGCUUACCUGACUCAUGAAGGCAUGUUUAUAAGUGAUGCAUUCGGCGAAGGGGACCUCCCGCCUGUAGCAGCUGACACUACCUCUCAAAGGAACACUUCCCCAAACAGUGAGCCCUGUAGCAGUGAUUCAGUUUCUGAACCAGAGUGCACUACCGAUUCCUCAUCCAGCAAAGAGCAAGCAUCUUCUGUUACUCCAGGGGGAGUAGAGAUGAUGAUCAGUGAUGACAUGAAGCUGACUGACCUGGAGCUGGUCAGGCUGGCAAACAAUAUUCAAGAGUUACUUUAUAAUGCCUCUGAUAUCUGCCAUGAUCGUUCAGUCAAGUUCCUCAUGGCAAGAGCAAAGGAUGGCUUCUUAGAGAAGCUGAAUUCCAACGAGUUUGUUGCUCUUUCUCACUUGAUGGAAAGCUUUAUCUUAGAUACCGAGCAGAUCUGUGGCAGAAAGAGUAUGUCCUUGCGAGGAGCACUUCAGAGUCAAGCCAAUAGAUUUGUGAAUAGAUUCCAUGAGGAGAGGAAGACAAAACUAAGCCUACUUUUGGACAAUGAGCGCUGGAAGCAAGCUGAAGUUCCUGCUGAGUUUCAGGAUCUUGUCGAUUCAGUGUCAGAUGGCAGAAUUUCUCUCCCUGAAAAAAAACCAGCAGCUACUGAAGAAAGAAAGCCAACUGAAUUCCUUAUUGUUGAAGGACAAAAAUAUGCAACAGUUGGGACAGUAUUGCUGUUAAUAAGAAUAAUCCUUGAGUACUGCCAGUGUGUGGAUAACAUUCCUUCCAUCACCACUGACAUGCUUACCCGCCUGUCUGAUUUACUGAAGUAUUUUAACUCUAGAAGUUGCCAACUAGUGCUUGGAGCUGGUGCAUUACAAGUUGUUGGUUUGAAAACAAUCACUACAAAAAACCUAGCCCUUUCUUCACGUUGCCUACAGCUAAUCGUACACUACAUUCCUAUUAUCAGGGCUCAUUUUGAAGCUCGACUGCAGCCAAAGCAGUUUAGCAUGCUCAGGCAUUUUGACCACAUUAUGAAGGAUUAUCACGACCACAUAGCUGAAAUUUCAGCAAAGCUCGUUGCCAUAAUGGAUAGCUUAUUUGACAAACUAUUAUCCAAGUAUGAAGUGAAAGCUCCUGUUCCUUCAGCAUGCUUCAGGAAUAUCUGCAAGCAAAUGGCGAAGAUGCAUGAAGCUAUAUAUGAUCUGCUUCCUGAGGAGCAAACUCAGAUGUUGUUUUUAAGAAUUAACGCAAGCUACAAACUUCAUCUGAAGAGGCAGCUGGCCCACCUAAACGUAGUCAAUGAUGGAGGACCUCUGAAUGGACUCGUGACUUCAGAUGUAGCUUUUUACACUGGAAACCUUCAAGCUCUGAAAGGCCUUAACAACCUAGACCUAAACAUGGCCGAAAUUUGGGAGCAGAAGAGGUGAUAAUCCACUGGGGCAGUCACUUGGCUCCGACAACAGACUGACUUUCUUUGAAGCAGUGUGACGACUGGGAGGUGACUACUUAAGACCAGAGUCCAAGAACGGACACUGUUGCUAGCUGGGGAAACUAGACUUAGAGUGAGCUGCAGGGCGCGAUCGUUUUGGUGUCCUUCAGCAAGAAACAAGUGAUCAGCUGUCUGUGCAAUGUUUUUUCAUUCUCUCUGGAAACAGACUCAGGUUUCUUUGGACCAAAUCCAAAAGAACACAUAGCUGUAACACAGCUGUAGUUGUCUAGAAUGCUCUGUAUAUCUUUAUAUUAAAAAGAUGCUUUGCAUUUCUUCUAGUGCAAUGAAAUUCACAUGGUGUCCCACCUUAUUUAAUGAUGGUACAAUAUAAAAAUCUUGCAGUUGGAACUCUGUAGAAAAUGUUUUUCUCUAUGAAACCAUGCUGUUCUAAAAUUUAUUUUUUUACAGAACUUUAUAUAAAUAAAUGUCUUCUGCUUGCA